ACUGUUGUUGGGACAAGUGGUGGUGAAAGAAAUCUGUGGAAAAGAGGAAUAUAUAAUAUAACAUAACAGAUUAACAUCCUCCACAGAGUUAAAGAGUAAAUAAGAAUUAAGAUGAAAAUGUAUAAAAAACUUUUGUAAAAUUAAAUUAUUAACUAGUCACCUGAAAAUCAUAAACUGAGAAGGAAGACAAAAACCGGAUUUUGGCCCAAAGUUCCUUCAAAAUAAUAAGUGAGUGUAGUUACUGAGUUACACUAAGCCUUCCACUUGAUCUUAGAGAUUUUAACUAUUCUUGUUUAUAACUGAAAUACAUUUAAAACGUGUUACAUGAGCUAAUUUACUACACAAGUAAAGUAUUUUAAAUCGUCAUUGUGUGAAUAUAUGUUGCAAAAUAUUAUCUUGCAAAGACGUGACCGGAAGUUUCCUGCUAGCAACUGAGGGCAGUUCAGCUGCGUGAAACUACGGAACUGUGAAGAUUUUCCAUCAAAUUAUUUAAUUGCUGGAUCUAAUAUUUAUUUUUAUUUUAUUUUUCUUCUUGUAACAUUAUUGUGAUCAAGCACGAGUUCAACCCGAGAGGUUUAAAGGAUUCGUCAGCUCAAAAUGGUUUGAAAAUGGUUAUACUAGUCCAGUUCCGGAAGUGUGAAGGCAGAUGAUUUAGUUUGGUAAACCCCACAAAACUUUUGCUCCAAGUCCUUUGUCUUGCAUGUCCUUAUUUUUUUCUCAAGAUGACCAUUACUAAAGACUUGAAGACUAUCUUUAAUAUCAAAGAUGUGGUUCCUGCUCCCACAUGCGGGAUUCUCGUAGUGGUCCUAUUGUCAUGCAUUCUGUUUUUUAUCCAAGCUUAUUUAAACUUGACUCAAGGCAUCCUCAGUAUCGGUGCAACCGUUUUUGAAAGUGGACAUAUUCACAGGCUCUUCUUGUAUCCCUUAUACCACAAAACUUUGGCGCAGCUUCUCCUGAACAUUACAGUUAUGCUGUUUUUGUGUAGCAGCGUGGAGAAAGGCGUCGGCACGGUCCGUUUCAUGUUUUUGUUCCUUCUGCUCUCCUCCACAACGGGCAUGAUUUACAGUUUCUUGGAUCUCCUGCAGGAUGUCGGCAUGCAUAAUCAUACUGAGGGUUUGCUUCCUGUGACUCUGGCCUGUGUUGCUCUAACCACCAUGCACACGAAGAUGACCAAAGCUUUUCUGUGUGGAGUUAGUUUCCCUACCAUGGCUCUCCCUUGGCUCCUCCUCAUAAUCUGCAGCGCCCUCAUCCCUCACAGUGUGCUGCCCUGCAAUAUUAUUGGGACCCUGAUCGGGUGGGCACAUGGUAAAGGAUGGCUGUCUCUCAUUGACUUGUCUGAGGCCAGGGCUGGAGUGCUGGAGAAGAUGAUGCUGUUCAGGUUGUUGAGGAGCAUCAGUGGUGUCAUGUUCAUUCCUGCGUCCACUGAAGAGAGGAGGAAGACGUUGCUUCCACAAAUAAAUCCCACGCCUGGAUCUUAUCCUGUCCAGGCAUAUGCUCCAUUGUCCAGCAUCAACACUGCUAAUACCACAGCCACAAAGUACGAAGGCUGGCCGAAUUCAGUCGAUUCUUUGCCUAGUUACUUGCCUCCUCCCAAUCCCUCAGCACAUAGCUUUGGACACACUCAUGGACACUAUUCAGAGCAGAGUUUUGGCCACAGCUGCAAUCACAACCACAGUCACAGUCAUGGACAACAGUAGCUGUGGUCAUUCAAUUAGAUACAAUACUUCUCUAUAUUAAACUGUUAAAACACCUGUGGGCUCUAAGAGCAUCUCAUCAUCGAACUGUGUGACAUAUAAAAUGAAACAACUGGAGUAUCUUCUCACCUUCGCCAUUAAGAUGUUUCUCUGAAUGUUAAAAUAUUACGAGUCCCUUUUGUAAUAGACCCUAGUGUUUCAAUCCUCAAAACAUGUUGAGGUAUCCAUGGGCAAGAUAUUCAGCCCCACAUUUUCCUCAAAGUCAUGUAACACCCUUGCUUAUAUUUAGGUUUUGUUCAAGAUGAUGGUUUGAACAAAAGUUUAUAAACUGCAAAAUGUCAUUGUGCUAGAAAAGUGUGUGUUUAAACCCUAGCACAUCUAUUGCUGUACACAGGCAUAACUUACGCUCCUAAUACUAUCAUGAAGUGAUGAAACUAAGUUUGUCAUAGACACUGCAACCUGGUUUUGAUGCAUCUUGAAUUUAACAUGAUUUCCCUUUUCUAAAUCUUUUUAAACAUAUUCAAGGAUGACAGAAGACAUAAUGAAAGGAUGUGCCAAACAUUUGCAGCUAUUUCAAGAUAAUACAUCGAAGUGUAAUA